UUAUUUUCUUACUUGGAAAAAGUAUAUCUUAGUAAUUUUAAAAUUUUAAAAGUAUAUUCUUAUAAAUGAAAAUUUUAAUUGGUAAUAUUAUAAAUAAAACAAAAUAGUAUUUUUUUAAAAUUUUCCAUUUUAACUAUGCAGACAAUAAUACAUCACCCACCUAGAAUGUAUCCACGAAAAAGAAAAGGCAAUAUUUAAUUAGUACAUACCCUUAAAUAAUUGAAUGCUACUUUGAAGACUAGGUCACUACUUCCACUAUAAACGACAAAAUUUUAUAUUUUAUAAAUACAUUGCAGAACAGCUGGGGAGACCGUAUAUUAUGACUUAGGGAGAAAAGGAGUUUGAAAACUCUUGUCUCUUUUGAACUACUCCAUUUAUAUAAUGCCAUACAAAUUAUGAUGGGAAGUUUUGAAUACCCAAUUUCUCAGAUUGUAUGAAAUGGCAGAGACGUUUUUGAGCCCUGUGAUUGACAAGUUACUUGAUCUGCUUAAUCAGCAAGUAACUUUGCUGAAAGGAGUCCACAAAGAAGUAGAGAGCUUGAAAGAUGAGUUGAAGAUCAUUCAGCCUUUUCUUAUUGAUGCCGAAAAGAAACUUGCCAAAGAUGAACUCAGUGAUGCUGCAAAAGAAUGGCUUAAACAGAUGAGAGAAGUGGCUGAACGCAUUGAAGAUGUUAUCGACGAGUACCUUUACCAUCUUGCUCAUAAUCACCAUCACCAUCACCAUGGACUUAUCAUUUCAAUUCGAAGAGCUGCUGGUUAUAUUGGGUCCGUCAAACUACGUCGUAACUUAGCUUCUAAAAUUAAAGACAUUAACGAGUCUUUGCUAAAAGUUCAAAAGAGAGGCAUAAGUUAUGGCUUGAGACAUUUUGAGGAAGGUUCAAGUAGUAGUAGGAUCACAAAUAGGGAUGCAUCUGUCAUUGACCCUCGAUUGGGUUCGUUGUUUAUUGGUGAAGAUGAGUUUGUGAGAAUUGAUUCAACCACCAAUGAACUUAUAAGGAGUUUGCUCGAAGGACCAACCACCCGCUCUGUGAUUUCACUCGUAGGCCAAGGAGGAAUUGGGAAAACUACUCUUGCUAGAAAAGUUUACACUGCUGGAAAUGUGAGAACACACUUUGAAUACUUUGCUUGGAUCACUGUGUCUCAAUCAUACAACUUGGAGAAGGUCUUAACCACCAUGAAAAGUCAGAUAUGCCCAACAAACGAAGAAGAGCAUGUGGAAACUAUUGAAGGACUAAUUGAGCUUUUGCGGCAACAUUUGCAGACAAAGAGGUAUGUAAUUGUUUUUGAUGAUGUGUGGGAGGUAGACUUUUGGAGGAAUAUUAAACAUGUUCUUCCUAGUAGUAAUAAUAAAGGUGACAGGAUCAUUGUAACAACUCGCAAUACUAGAAUUGCUUAUGAUGCAAAAGAUACCCCCUUUGAUCAUGUUCAAGAGCUCAAAACAUGGUCCUCGGAGUUGGCUUGGGAGUUAUUUUGCAAAAAAGCAUUUCGUUUUGAGUUUGAGGGACAUUGCCCAAAAGAGUUAGAGCAAUUGUCUCAUCAGAUUAUAAGCAAAUGUCACGGUUUGCCACUUGUCAUUUCUGCUGUAGCUGGUUUAUUCUCUAAAAAAGAAAAGACCAAAUUGGAAUGGGGAAGAGUGUUUGAUAAUCUCAAUUACGAGUUUGAAAAAAAUCCCCAACUUACUAGUGUGUUCAAGAUUUUAUCUUUCAGCUAUGAUGAUCUACCCUACUAUCUUAAAACUUGUUUCUUAUAUUUUGGUAUUUUUCCAGAAGAUAGUAAAAUUUAUAACAAGAGGUUAUAUUCACUUUGGAUUGCUGAAAAUUUUAUCAAAUCAAGGAAAGGCAAGACAGAAGAAGAAGUUGCUGAAGAAUACUUGAAUGAGCUCAUUCAUAGAAACUUGGUUUCGUUUGAAACAGUAAAUGGAAUUGAAAAAGAGUGUCGAGUUCAUGAUUUGAUUCAUGAUGUUAUUUUAACAAAAUGUGAAGAAUUGUGUUUCUGCCAAAUAAUCAAUCAAAGCAAGUUAAGAUUCAAAGGAGAUUGUCGCCGCCUCGCAAUCCACAACACAACAAAAGAUGUUCUAAAUCUUGUAGGAAGCAAUUCUAAGAUUCGAUCUAUUUUUCUUUUUGACAUUGAUGAAGUGACAGAAUCUUUCAUAAUUAGCUUGUUUCAAAAGUUUCAAUUGUUAAAGGUGUUUGAUUUUGAGAAUGCACCUCUUCAUAAGCUUCCUAAAGAGAUAGGAAAUUUGUUCAAUCUGAAGUACUUGAAUUUAAGAAUGACAAAUGUGAAGAUUAUUCCAAAAUCCAUUGGUAAUUUACAAAAUCUACAGAUGUUGAAUCUGAACAAGUCCUUCUAUGCGCAAGACUUACCAAUUGAGAUUUAUAAGCUUCGAAGUCUGCGACACAUUCUAGCUGGAGUUUUAAUUAAUUAUGAGAAAGAUUACAGAUUUGAUUCAGAUAUUGGUGUGAGAAUACAUAAAGGGAUUGGGAAUUUAGAAGAGUUACAAACACUUUCAUCUGUGAGAAUAUCUCCUAGCACAAUUGAGUUAGUGAAAGAACUAGAGAAGUUGACAAAAUUGAAGAAGUUAGGGAUUCAACACUUGACAUCAGGAAUCAGUACUGAAACACUGUGUUCAUCCAUUGAGAGAAUGAGUCAACUAGAAGAAUUACACUUACAUGCCAAGACAGAAGAAGAAAUUCUAGAUUUAAAAUCACUUUCAUCUCCUCCUCCUUUCUUACGUUAUCUCUCUUUGUUCUGUCGACUACAACAGCUUCCAAAAUGGAUUUCAAAGCUUCAAAAUUUACAAGCUUUAGUUCUUUGGUUUUCGAGGUUAACCGAAGAGCCAUUAAAAUACCUCAAAGGGUUGCCAAAUUUAGCAUACUUGAGGAUGGUGGAGACAUAUGUUGGAGAUGAAUUGCAUUUUGAGGAAGGUGGUUUUAAAAGACUGAAACAUCUGAGAGUAAUACAUUUUAAAGAAAUGAAGGAGAUGAAAAUAGAGAGAGAUGCACUGCCUCAGCUUGAGAAGUUAUGGCUUGGAUCUUUCCCAUCAAUGAGUGAGAUGCCUUCAGAUAUUCAACUCUUGAAAGGACUCAAAUCUCUUGAUAUCAUGGACAUGUCAAGGGAGUUUGUGGUCGAUCUACAACCAAAUGGCGCUGGUUAUUGGAAAAUUCAGCAUAUUCCGUCAGUCAAUUUUUGGUAUGUUAAUAGUAUGGGAGAGAUGUAUGAAACCUACAAGCUGGGUGAGUCAAACUUGUUGGAGCGUCUCCAAUCCAACUCAUAGCUAAGCUAAACACAGAGAAAUGUAGAGGAAGGAGCUUGAGGCGACAAGGCAAAAGAGAUCUGUUUGCAAGUUCAUGAUAUUUUCAUGUAGGUGUCCGUGUGGGUAGGAACUCGCUACUCGCACACUCCUAUCAUGUUUGUUUUUAACGAAAUUCAGAUUUUUUUUUUUUUUUUUAAAAAAAAAAAACCCUAUGUUUUAUCUAAAUAUAAGUUCGGUACUUUUUAUAUUCAAUAAUAUUUAUUUGAUAUCCUAUAUUUUAAAAGCA